AUGAAAACUAUUAACCUAAACAAUUUUGAAAUAAAAAAACUACCUGAUAGACGAGAAGACAAGUCCACUCCCGCUAGUAUUGAAAUUGAAUAUGAGGAAGGUGAACAAAACGGCAAGGAAAAUGUCAGAGUUAGAUAUGAACAAGUGAAUUAUGUUAAAUAUCCAAUUUAUGAUGGUUAUUCAGAAAGAACAAAAUUAAUAAGAAAAUUUGAUAAGAUAAUCAAUCCCAUAAAAUUUGUGAACGAAGAUAUUUUGGAAUUAGAUCUAGAAAAACAUUUUAUCUUGUCUAUUAUUGAAAAGAUUUCAGUAAUUCCAGAAUGA